UUAUUUUCCGAUUUCCCAGAAAAACUUUUCUGUGAAAUGGAAAUCAGUCGCUUAAGGCUAUUUAACACGUUGCAACUUGUUGCAACUUGCAAUCAAUGCAUUUCCGAUCCGAUUUCCCAUGUUCGCGGAAGAGGCAAAUCGAGGCAGAAAGCGGAACUGACUUGGAAGAGAGGGCGAUACUUCGUUUCACAAAAGCAGGCGGGCAGCUCGUAGCAGAGUUUUAAGAAAAUCGAAACAAGCACAGAUGCUACACACUCGAGUUGAGCUAGCGAAGAUUCAUUAUAGAAAUACAUUUUCGAUAACAAAGAUUGAAACUAGGGUACAUUUGAUACAGAAGUGAUGUAGCACUUGACACCAGUUGGCCUAAAGAUCCUUAGUCUCGUCAUCGAGGAAGAAGUACUCUAUUGAAUUAGAUAAAGAUUUCAUAGAAGGGAGGGUCAGCAUCACAUAACGCCAUGGCUGGGGUUCUACACAAUAGAUUGGUAGAUGCCUGUGUUGUUGUGGGAAUGGAUGAACAAACAGGGCUGCUGCCAUUACCAAAUAUGAUCAGAGUCGAUCAAGUGAACGAAAUUGAUGUGCUAGGCCCAUUCCAGUUGAAUGUUCUUGGUGUUCUUACUGGGACAACUGCUUUUUAUCCUUGUCAACAGGAGCAGCUUUCGGGUGGUGAUUACUAUUCUGAGUCCAAUGUGAUAUGCCCCUGUGCUGCAACUAACACGCCAGCAAGCCACGGAAGGAAAUUCCGACGAUCGAUGUCUUAUGCACCAAAUACAAUGCCUUUCUCUGCAGAAGUCGUUCAGAGUUUGCCCCCGUUUUGUUUCCCUGAUGGUGGCUAUGCGUAUAAGUCCGUCCAAGAUCCGCACAUGCACUAUCUUGUCCUUACCAAUAUGGACGGGGGUCGUACAUAUUGUUGCGGGCUUGUCAUGACGAGGAAAUUUGCAGCUAAGGAGGUCAGUCAGCUUUCAAAUUCUUAUGAUCUCUUUCUAAAGUCAAACGAUGAAACUAAGGAUAGUCUGUACAUCCCUUUUUGUGUUUGCCUGGUAUCAAAGUGGGCCUACUUCAAUACGAUGAAGGAUCUUCUUUCGUCGCUUCUGGUUAAGUUGCGUGAUAAAGCCAACGUUUGGCCAACCAUAAUGAAAUUCGCAUCCCAUGUGGCUUGUAUCAUGGCCCCUCCCCCUGGAAACCUGUCUAUAGAAGUUGAACUUUUUAAUAACACAAUAUUCGUCCCGUCGGCUGAUGAAAGCGAAAGAUCUGUAAUGGACCUUGACCUUCAGCUUCCUUUGCUGCUACUGCCCUUUUCAGAAAUCAUCAAGGUCAUAUCUUGUAUUCUGACGGAGCAGCGAAUGAUAUUCAUCUUCUCAAAUCAAGCAUUGAUACCGAUUGUGAUAGAGAGCUUCUUUACCUUCAUCGAACCAUUCAAAUGGCGGCGGACCUAUGUCCCUGUACUUCCCCAUAAGCUCGCUGAUUUGAUUGAGGCACCUGGUCCGUUCAUAAUGGGAUGUCACAGCCGUUUGCGCAACCACAUUAGGCAAGUUAUACGCAUGGAAGAAAUACCAAGCAUUGUUGUAGUUGAUCUAGAUAGAGGCACUGUUGAUGAAAGCCCCAAAGAGAGCAUAGUAGUUCUGCCAGACUAUAUCGCACAGGCAUUUUCUGUUCGUCUGCGUUUUAUGAAGUACCUGUAUGACCUCGAAUGUAUGAAGAUUCCAACCUUCUAUAAUGUAGUCGAGGCUAAACUUCAUAGAGAUACGUUCAACAGAGAGUUCAGGCAAGGCGUUAAAGAUGCAUGCCUCGAUAUGAUGGUAAGUCUGUUUGCUGAGGUGUUGUUGUUUACCAGAGUAGGUGAAAAGAUCUUCGAUAAAGAAGGAUUUUUGAAAGCGAAACUUGACCAAGAUCAGCCAUUUUUCAAGCAAGUGUGCGCUUCUGAUGCAUUUGAGCGAUUUGUUGAUGAUAGGCUUGAAAAUCCGAGUCAGCGCGAUACUUUUGCAGUUCUCGCCGAAAAAAUAAUCAACACUAGUAAUUCUUUCACAAGAAAACGAAGCACAACAAAUUUGAUGCGCAGUGCUGGUAAGAGCCCCCAAUCACGCAGUGGAGAUCAACUGGCCCCGAAGACGUUUUUCAAGCAGCCGAAAUUCCUAAAAGAGGGUUUGCACAGUGGAAAGUACUUUGAAAAGUGUAUCAGAAGACUAACAAAUGAAAUUGACAGUCAGAAAAACAUUUCCUUAAAAGCGUCCUAUUUGUAUCUUCGUGGCAUGAUGCAUUUGACAAGUAACCAACUAAUCGAAGGCCUAAAGGACUUCCAUUCUCUGUACUCGGCCAAUCAGGAGCUCUUUCCAAGCGAGUAUGUCCAGAGUGUUAUUGCAGAUCUCGACUCAGCGACUGAAGAAUCACUUAAACAACAGGAUUUCUACAAACGGGCGGCGAUGUUCAGAAUUUUCAAGAAGAAGAUCGAAGAACAGUCUUCUGGUCGACCAUUGCGGAAAUUACCCAAUUCACCGUUAAGAUUCGAAGAGUUUGCGAAAUUAACCAAGGCAUUGCAGAUUGUUUUGAGUAAUGAGACGGCAGAACGAUUAUUUGCCGCCCUGACACAUAACAGAGGGAACGAGGUAAUGCCAGACCAAUUCGCUCUACUCUACAACACGUUUACCAACAUCAAAAGUGACUUGGAGCUCCUGGAGUUGCCUGGAUUGAAGCUGGUUGGAGAAGAAGAAUUGAUCAUACAAUCACCGCUGAUCAACACGACCAGGGGCAUGGGCCGAAUCGUCAUCACAACAACAAACCUCUUCUUUGUGGUUGAUGGUGUUCGCGAAACUGUCUUCAUUAUGAAGCUUCACGGUGUGAAAGAGGUUACACGAUACCAGCACUACGUUGUUUUCCCACCUGGUGUUGCCGCCAUAAGAAUUAUAAAUAAAGAACGAAGUGCUGCCACAUUCUUUGCCUGCCUUAAAGAUGACAGAGACUUCUGGGUGACUGCGAUAAAUGAAAUGGCUGGAGCCAGUGAGAUUGCGUUCUCCUUAAAGGACCCAAAAGUUGUUCUCCAAGCGGCAAAUCACGUGACGUUGAUGAACGUGCUGGUUCAGAUGGGGAUUUCAGAAAAGAUUGCCAGUGCUGUUUGCUACUUUGCACGGAAGCGAGAUUCAGAUCAUGAUAAGCUUUCUGAUGAAACUCGCGAAUCACUGGAAAGGAGGCUAGAUCCCUGCAUCCGAGAAACUAACAGAACAACUGUUACCAGCGUGACCUACGUUCCUGGAACAACGCAAGCCGAGGCUGAAACAAUAUGGUGUGGUCUUGGAUCGGGAACCAUCAUUGUGUACGAAAUAGAAGAGUGGACUAUUGUUUCAGAACUCAGGUAUGCAAAGCAUCGAAUCAGCUGCCUGGUUCCUGUUGGAACAGGAAUAGUCUGGGCUGGCUCUUUUGAUUCAGUUAUCUACGUCAUCAACACUGACACUAGAAAAGCAGAACAGCAGCUACAGCAACACACUGAUUUCGUAUCAGAUAUUGUGUAUUACGAAAGCAAAGAUGAGCAACUUGAUGCGGUUUGGAGCGCGAGUUUCUGCGGGCAGAUUAUUAUGUGGAAUCCUGAAAGUAUGGAGGUUCUAAAAGAGAUUUCCUUGGGUCCUAGCACGAAAACGUUGUCAAAAAUUAUGAUAGUUGGGGAAAGAAUUUGGUGCGGUGCCUUAGACCGUCUGUUGCUUGUUGAUGGUAAGUCGGGUGACUUAAUCAAAACACUUCGUAUGGAUGAUGACAUCGGCAUACCUAUACCCAUGGAGUGCUAUUCCAAAGUGUCCGAAAAAAGAAUUUGGGCAUUCGGAAGGAAAGCAGGAGAGCUUUUCAUUUGGGAUACCAAGUCACUUGCAUGUCAACAUUUUAAUUUAGGCGAUGAUCUCAAAGCGAGCACGAUCAUGCCGAUUGGAAACAAAGUUUGGAUUGGUGAUAAAGAUGGGAAAGUCUUUGUUUUAGAUGUGCACGAUUUCGCAGAAGAUCGUGUCCUUCACGCGCACACAGACAAAGUCACGUGUAUCUGCGUGACUGAAGAAGGUCAUGUGGUUACGGGAUCUUCAUCGAAGGAGGGGAAGCUCUGCGUGUGGAAUACUUUCAUCAAAGAUGGUUACGAAGAGGCGCACUCGCUUGGAUUCGACAUUCUUGAUGGUCGCCUUCAAGUAAAAUCGAAGCUUCGGCCGAAACGUGGGACUAAGCGUAAUUAAGACCGCACUUUUUGCUGAUAUUGUAAUACAAGUGUUUAUUUAAGGCCUGAAUUUUUUUUGAAAAACCAAGGCUCAAGGCGAUUAUCCAAAGCAUCAAAACCAGCCUUUGAUAACUUUAAGAUAAGGGUAAAAAACCGCGAUUAGAGCCAUUUGUUGAUAAGCUGCAAAUUUUAUAGGCAGAUAUCUGGUCAAAAAACAGCAAAGGUUCUAGUUUGAGCAUUUCUAUUAGUCUGAUAUGACACCUCUCCUCUCUUCUUUGUGGGUAGUUUUCUUCUUUCUAAAAUCUGACAAAAAUAGACAAUCUGAAAGAAGCCGCAAAUGUCCUUCAUUGAUCAUUUUAUCGAGCCCUGUGAAGCUGUCCACUAACCCAAACUUGAAAAUGCUGUGUUGUGUUUUCAUUUAGAAACCUUUCUGUUUUCCUUUUUUCAUUGUCCCUUAUCUUUGCGUUUUCAACCCUCGCAAAAUUUUGGCUAAAAACGUCGGUAAAGAAAAUGGCCUAUUAGUAAACCUCUGUGUAUUGAGCUUGGUUAUUUAAGGGCUAACGGAUGUUUCACUGUGCCGACAGUGUACUGUCAGUACGGGACGGUGUUAUGUUUUGUUCAGUUCGUUUGUAGCUCAGUUUUAUAGAAGGCACAGAGGUAUGUUUCAAUCAGAUAUGUACAGAAUGGACUAAAUUUUUCUAAUUUGAUUUGAUUUUAAUUGCUUUUAGGUAAUUAUGAUAAAAGGACGUCAGCUUGGGCUGAAUGUACCUUUUCUACAAGUACAGAAAAUUUUUCCAAGAUGGGCCUGUUGAACGUUUGCAGCCUCCCAGCCCAUUGGCAUCGACCAUAUUUUUAAAUGCGGCGCACGAAUUUUGCGAUUUUCUCAGGCUAACGGAUUUUGCGAUUCUCUUUUGAUUUCUGCAAUUAAUAUAUCUGAGGCCUUGGAUGCACAAUUAAGUAGAGGGUGAUUGAUAUGUUAACGUUUAGCAAAAACCGGUCUUCGGAUAUUUUUGUGAGUACAGUUUCAAGAACCACGCCCGUGGCUCUGCGCUUCUGAACGGCAGAUUAGGGCAUUUGGACCCAUUUUUAGAUACAUCAUCGGCCUUCUGCUUCCACUAUAAUCAGCUCCCAAGACGGUUUCGAAAAGUCACAUUAUUUGGUCAAAAACUUCCAGAUCCUAAUCUUGAAACUGCAUAAUGGAUUUGACAAAUUUGAACUAAAUCUUUCACGAUUAUAUAUGGGGUUUUUUACCACAAUGGUCAAUUGAUCAAUUCCUUGGAUUUAGCUUUCCGGGAAAAGUCUUGAAAUUUUUUUUACAUUUGUUGCUAGAUCAAAAUACGUUUUAGGGACCUCGCUAUAUGUGUAACUGUUUACUAGCUAAAUUUUUUUAAAGUGCUGGAUUGCAGGUCUGAAAACUAUGUGUAUAUCCCCAAAAGCACCUGGAAAGGGUCUGUAUCCAGCCGCAUAUCGUGUCACCUGGGCACGCAUUCUUGCUCCAAUUGGUUUUUUAUGCAUUUCUUAAUCAAUGUUACUCUACUGAAGAAAUUUCGGCAGGGCAAGCAUGAAAAUCUGAAUAAAUGUGUGUCAACCCUGAUGUGUUUAAGUUGAAGGUCUCAAAUCCUUUAUGUCUAACAUGCUUCUACAUGUUCUUUAUACGUAUCUAUGCUUAUCAUUCUCGAUUGGCGAAAUUUAGCAGUUUUACAUCAAAGCUUUACGGAAGCAAGGCUAAAAUCAAUAAUGUGUUAUCAUCCCUCUUCUCUACGUAAAUAUUACGAUUAACAAUAUAAGGUGUCGUGCGCUGACUUUAUCUGUCUACGCAAUCUUUCUUUAACCCUCCAAAGCGUUUUCUGAAUGCCCCCUCACACUUCGCUUCUUAUAAUCAAAUAGAAAAGAGGUUUUCAAUCUUUGAAAUAACCUAGCAAUCAAUGAAGAAGUUUUCUGAUAAAAUUCCGAUGAUAAAGAAUAUUUGUUGUAUCUAGUAUUAGCUGUGCAUAAAACUUGGAAUAUAUUAUUGAGAUAUAAUUUGUAUGAUUUAUUAAUGUAAUUGCUCUUUUAGUAUGUAUACUAUAUGAAAUUUUAGCCACAAGAAAUAAUUGAUAUGUUGCUUCGUUUUUUACAAGUUUGAUCGACAAAUUAUAUGUACUAGCUUAAAUGAAGAAAAGCUUUUAUAUUUUCUCAUAUGACAAGAAUAGAAUUAGUAUUUUUUAUAUCAAUUAGUUAAUCUGCAUAGUUUUUCUUACCAAUAUCUUGUAUUUAUUCAAUCAAGCAAUUAGAAGAUG